AUGGCCAGAGCCUGUCAGGACUGUCUUUGCGUCUGGCAUCCUUCAGGGCACAUCCUUGAGCCCUGCGCCCAUUGUUUUUCCCCCACGCAGCUCUUCAACCGUUCACUCCCCACUCUUAAAACGGGGCGCAAGAUCCGCGUGAACCGCCUUCCUUCUCUUACAGGCAUCGAAAAAGCGGCACCCAUGCCCUGCUGGCAGCUGCGCGCCAGCACCACGACAGAGCAAAGCCUUUCCCCAAGGCUGCCCGGUGCUCCCGCGGGGCCCUCCGCACCUUGCCCUCUCGGCGAGCGGGCAGUCCCUUCUCCACUAAAGGACCCGCGACCCAGGAACAGGCCAUCCCCAAGGGCACUGAAGCAGCCUCUCCUCAACCAUUCUGAUGACGAGGUCAUCGCCGAGGAUCACAACUACAGCUUAAAGGAUGCUGUAGCAGCAGCUGGACAGCAGGCAGAAAGGAAGGAGGUACAACCAUUGCCUGAGAAGCAGCAGCUUCUUGCAGCAAGGACGUGUCCCACGUACCGUCCAAGAAAAAUUUCCAGCAUCAUCAGGGAGCUGGCAGAGAAAAAACAGUUGUCUGAGGAAACCGUGAAUUUGCUGCAGGCCCACUUUUCAGAUUUACCCUGUGAGUCACAGAACUGGAGGCAGAUGACAGAAUACUCCCUGGAAAUGAAACAAUUUGCUUGUAUUCUCCAUCUCUACCAUAACAAGGCCUAUGAUUAUCUACGGAAGAUUUUUCCCCUGCCUCAUCCUUCCAGCCUGACAAAUUGGCUGUCUAGUAACAAUGCCGCUCCGGGCUUCAGCAGUGACAUCUUUAUCCGCCUUCAGGAAAGGGUGGAAGAGGGUGACCAGGCCUACCGUUACUGCGCGUUGAUGGUACAAGACAUGGCUCUUCAGAAGCAGCAGGAGUGGGACCCCCAGACCCAGCAUCUGGUGGGCUUUGUUGACUUGGGGGCAGGCGUCCUGGAUGCUGAUGAGGCCCCGCUGGCCUCUGAAGCGGUAAUCCUCAUGGCAGUAGGCAUCGCGAGUCCCUGGAGGGCACCUCUUGGCUACUUCUUUGUGAACAGCUUGAGCGGCCACCUGCUUGCUCAGCUGCUUCGUCAGACCAUCAAUAAGCUGAACAACAUCGGCAUCGCGGUGCUGUCUGUGACAUCAGGUGCCACCGCGCACGGGGCUGACACAGCCCGAGCUCUGGGGAUCCGUAUUGACCCUGAAAGGAUCCAGUGCACUUUUCAGCAUCCGCCCAGCUCUGCUCACUGUAUCACGUACUUCUUUGACACUUGCCACGCGCUCCAGCUGAUAAGGAACACUUUGCAGUGCUUCCAGAAGCUACAGUGGCUCAGUGAAACAGCACAGUGGCAGCACAUGGUGGAGCUGGCAGCUUUGCAAGAGAAAAGGGUAUUAGAGCUGUGCAGACCCAGGUCAGGCUGUCGUGAAAGCAAGGAGCAUUGCUAUUUAAGAGUGAACCUCGCUACCCAGCUGUUCAGUGAGGGUGUUGCUGAUGCGCUGGAGCACCUCCAGAAGCUGGGCCUGGCCGCAUUCCAGAACUGCAGCGGUACCAUCAAGUUUGUGCGUUUGAUGAGCCGUCUGCGCGAUGUAUUCCAUGGCAGAAGUCCCUACGGAAGGGGACUGAAGGGGCCUUUGCUAGCUGGAAAUUACAGCAAAGUAAGCCACCUCUUCAGUGAGGCCAAGAGUUUCUUUGUCACCUUAACAGACUCUGUGGGGAGGUACGUUAUAAAGAGCAAGCGCAAACUGGGAUUUCUGAGUAUCUUGCUCAAUGCUGAAAGCCUCAAGUGGCUCCAUACCAACUACGUGCUUCCAGAAGGCGCGCCUGUGCACUGCCUCCUGACGUACACCUUCAGCCUCGACCAGCUGGAGUUGUUUCUCCGGGCUCUCAGGCAGGCUUGCGUUGGCCGCGGCAACCCCACCUGCGCAAUGUUCCAGGCUGCUUACUGCAAACUGCUGGCCAGCUGCAGCUUGGCACCAGGAUUACAACACAGCAGUGGCUUUGGUGACAUGAGCACCUUGGAUAUAUCCAUCUUCCGCCAGACAGAGCUGACCCUUGGCAGCAUUCGUUCUCAGUACGAUCCAGCUCGUAGGACGACUCUGGCAACGGAGUACCCCUUCAGCGCAGGCCUUCUUGUGCGGGACUCGGCCCUGAGCAAUGCACUGACGGACCUGUCGCUACGUGCACAGAGCAUCACCUGCACCACUGGAUUUGUUGCUGAACAAUUAGCCUCUGAUUUGCAAUGUGAGGCUUGUGUUGCUUCUCUCUUUGAGUCAGAUGGGAGUGCUCCAAAACGUGGCUCAGUGCUCUACAUAAAAAAGUUAGGUGGAGUGAGUCUGCCCUCUGCAAGCGUGCACCACAUCACAAACGUUUCUGAACAAGUCCUAAGCACGUACGCCAAAGUGGGAGAUUGCAACAAGAACUCCAAGCUAUGCUAUCUGUUCCUGGAACAGAAAAUUUUCUGUGAGCUUCUGGGACAGAGCCCCCUCUUUCCCACACUCACUGAUCAUUUAUUCGAUGGGGAGUCAUGCAUCAACAAUCACUACACAGUCUUACUGAAGGAAAUAACGCGAAGUUACUUACGUGUCAGAACAAAUCAUGCCAAGAACCUAAACUUGAAGUAUCAUUGUGGAAAGCACAGAUGGAAGAGACUAAAGGGAAAACAUUCAUUUGCAUCACCUUGGCAUAACUGUCAGUCGAGCCCAGCCAGCGUAGGGCCAUGACUGCCCAUUCAUUGCUGUUAGAUAAGGAUGGUUGUCUCCUACUUAGGCUCAGUUAUGCCCGGAUCCAGGCAACGUUCAAGUCAGCGAACAAUACGGUGUCUUCCCAUGAUUCGCCUGGCAAAACUUGUUUUGUUAAAUGGUGACGGGUGGGGCCAGUGCACAUGUUCACAGUCUGGUCACUGUUCAGACCAGCCAAAGGAGGAAGGUCAUUUCACCCGGCAUUCCGAUCUAGGAAUCUUAUCAAGCAGCCACGUCUUGGACUUGGUGUCUGUGGCAGGUCAGGAGGAGGAGAAGUUGCUGGAAAUGCAUAGUGAGAUGGUAGGGGACAGGGCCGUGUCCCCUUGUAGGGCUGGGCUGUUUAGUGCGGUGGGUGCUCUUGCUAAGAGGAGAAAACAUCUGCAGUUGCACAGAGCAAGCGGAUUAAGCGUGCUGCUAAUUUGAGUUCACCAUAGAGAUGCUGCAGUAAAGAAGUUGGAGGCAAAAGAGCUUACAGAGCUUUUACUUUAAAAGGAAAAUAAAGAUGUGGGGGAAAAAAAAAGAUACUCGAGUUCUACAUGGCUCUCACCCCCUCCUAUAGGCCUCAUCAACAAGCUAAGCAAGCCAUUGCACAGAAGCCUGGACUCAGUGGAAAGGGGAUCGCAUUACACAGCUACACCUCUAAAACUCAACGUUUAAAAAAAAAAAAUGAACGUUGUGAUUAAAACCUGGGACAGUGUUGUCAUUCCAAACUAGAGGACAGGACUAAGGCGGCUUCCGUGCCAGCGUGCCUUGCAGCGCAGCAGGGAUCCCUGUGGCUUUCCGUCCAGGCCCUGCUCUGCCCCUCUGGGCAGGAUUGACAGGGCUUGGGCACGUAGUAUUGUGCUGCCGCAGGGCGAGCUUUUCGGCUCUGAUCACAUGGCCCUAUCAGGUCAUCUACUCACCAUGCAAUAUGACCCUCUCCUCCCUGAGCUCCUGCUGCAGUUUGGUACGUCCUGCGGCCCCGGACACAUGGCAGUGUUCUUCAGACAGCAUUUCCACUUAUUAACUUGGAUCAUAGAUUUCAUGCCAUCAAGUGAAGUAGUAGAACAGGCUUCUUCAUUCAUUUCAUUUCUGUGGUGAGGAAGCUGCCUUGGUACACAGCGCUCCACCUGGAAUAACAAAGUCCAGUGUAACUGCUGCUUAGUUAUUUCCCCUCUGCCACGUAGAACGACAGUUACGUCCAUGCAGACUGGGAGCAUUUAUUUGCCAAUUAUCACUCUUGCUAUCCAAGUACUUUAAAACUUCAUGUUGUAGAUGGAAUGAAAUAUGAUGAUCCACUAUUUCCCAGGGCAGGAAUAAUAUUUAAGGUGCAAUUCUGCCUACCAGUGAACUUGCAGAACAGCCACUGGUAGGUUUGGGUUCUUCCCCCUCCCUUAGUCAUGCUCCCUACAGUGGGAGCGGAGCUGCCCACUCAAUGCCUAGAGCUCUGCUUAUGUAGCAGCAGCUGCAGCACCACCACAGACCUCCUCAUCUGUUCUCUGCUGGGAGGAACAAGCCAAAACCCCAAGUGCUCUCGAUCUUUUUUCUUUUUCAAUUACCUAUGCAAGCAAUACCACUGCAUCGAUAACUGCUAUGGAACCACUUCAGCUACAAUACGUUUUCUAGGAAAUCACUCUUUCUUUUCCAUAUUUCUCAAUUUUUAGGACAAUUGGCAAAAUGCUGCAGAAAUCUCAGUGGCUGAUUAGCAUGGCUGUAUGCCACCACACUAACUUCAAGUUGUAACAUUUGCAUUGCCUAAACCUCCAGCAGCAAAAUGAGAUAAGCUGUGGGGAGCAGACCCUCCCUUGCUGUUAAUUCUUCUCUGUUGGAAGUAAGCCUGUGGCCACUUCCUGUUUACAUCAGACCAAAUUUGUCUUAUUUGGAUCAGAUAGAGCCUUGUCCCACAGGGCAAGCUUUUCUCGGUGCUGCGCACAAGUUCUCAGCUUCGGGGGCGACACUGCAAACAUGGCGGGGGGCUCUGCACAGAGCUUCUCUUUGUAGGGAUUUCUCAUCUGCACAACCCGUGUGGUCACUGCCCAUCAGCGAACGGGGGAGCCUGCUAGACGGACAGACUUUGGGCCACAGGCAUUCCCAGGGCUGACCCCCUUCCCCUGCCUCCCCCCCAGUUUACCCAUCCCUGUGUAAUUCUCUGAAAUAUUUUAUGUCGGAGGUUUUGGAGAUACACAGAGGAAGGACUGCAGUGCCUGGUGGAAUUAGGCUUGAGCGAAAGCAGACUCUUAAGGAAAAAAAGGGGAGGGGCAAUUAUCUAAUUAGAAGAACAAAGCCAUCUAAUUCCCAGACGAAACUUGACAGUAGUUAGAGGAAAUCUGCAGCCAUUGUCAUUCAUUUCCAAAACAUACAGACCUGCUGUUGCCCUCCAGAAAUAGUCUCAGGUGUACUCACACGACAGAAAUUUGCAGCUUUGAAUGGAGUUUUUCCAGUAUUUCUCACUCCACCAGUACGACCAGGUGAUUUCUCCUGCCACUCCU